AUGAUGACGAUGACCACGAUGUCUGACGGCUUGGAAUCGCAGGACUCGUCGAAAUCCGCCUUCAUGGAGUUCGGGCAGCAGCAGCAGCAGCAGCCGGCGCAGCAUCAGUCGCAUCCUCCGCAGCAAUCCCCGGCGGCUCCUCAGCAGCAGCAGCAGCAGCAGCAGCAGCAGCAGCAACAACAACAGCAGCAGCAACCGGCUCAGCAGCCACAGCCGGGCCCGCAGCAGCACGGCUCCCCGGGCAUGGCAGAGACGCAUUACCCCCUCCACUGCUUGCAUUCGGCUGCAGCUGCGGCGGCUGCGGCUGCGGCGGCCGCAGCGGCGAGCUCCCACCACCAUCACCAUCAUCAUCAUCACCAGCAUCACCAACAUCACCACGGCCCGCCCUACGCCUCCACCGGGGCCAACUCCUACAGCCCGCGCUCCCUGGCCGCCGCCUACACCUACAUGGGACCCUCUCAGCACAGCCCCUACCUCCAGGGUUACAGCCACGGAGGAGGCGCCAAUGCCCAGGCCAGGGGAGAGGAUCCAGACCAGCAGAAGACCACGGUGAUCGAGAACGGGGAGAUCAGGUUUAACGGCAAAGGGAAAAAGAUCCGGAAGCCGCGGACCAUCUACUCGAGUUUGCAACUGCAGGCUCUGAACCACCGGUUUCAGCAGACGCAAUACCUGGCCCUCCCGGAGCGGGCUGAACUAGCCGCCUCCCUCGGCCUCACCCAGACCCAGGUGAAGAUCUGGUUCCAGAACAAACGGUCCAAGUUCAAGAAGCUCCUGAAGCAGGGCAGCAACCCCCACGAGGGCGACCCCCUCCCGGGCCCCGGGGGGCUGUCCCCCCGCUCCCCGGCCCUGCCACCCGUCUGGGACGUGCCCGCAUCCACCAAGGGCGUGGGGCUGCCGGCCAGCAGCUACAUGCCCGGCUAUUCCCACUGGUACUCUUCCCCGCACCAAGACACAAUGCAGAGAUCUCAGAUGAUGUGACGGAGCCA